AAUCUUAGGGGGAGGGGUGGGUAUGGGAGGGAUUCCAUGGAUAUGGGGGGGAAUUAGAACUCCAUGGAUAUGAGAUUCCAUUACCAAAAACCUCAAUCAAACAAAAAACUAGAUGGAAUGGAUUCUAACUCUAUUCCAACCCAUUCCAAAUGAUCCAAUCAAACGACCCCUAAAUAAUACCUAAAAGCUACUCAACAGUUACUGUUAAACACGUCCAUAAAAGAAUAUGCGUAGAGGAUCUAAUUUUCAAUACCCGACCCAACACGAGGUCCCCACGGGCCCAAUCAGCCGUGGCUCACACACCUUAGAAAAAGAAAAAGAAAAGGAACGGUUUUUUCCACAAAACACAAAAGCAUCUAGUAAGUAGUAACUGUCAGCUUCAAUCAUCUGAACCAACCAACUGGUGGAACUCUUUCACUUCCUGGCCUAAAAUAUCUGUUCACCUUCUUCCCAAUUUUCAUUUAAACCUUACAUUUCCUUAAACUCUCUAACAAAUCCUAACUCCUAACAAACAAGAUGAUUAUUCCAAAUAAUCUGCUUUUAGUUACACUAAUAUUAUUCUCAACCAUCUUACACAAUGCUGUUAUUAUCUCUGCUUCUUGCUCCAACAGACAGUGCAAGUUGAUGGAAAAUUGUGCAAGAAAUUCAGAUUGUGGUGCUGGUUUGUACUGCUCUAAUUGUCGGUAUCCAAGACCAAGUUUUAGUGGGUCAAAAUGUAUUCGAUCAACUGUCACUAAUCAAUUCAAACUUGUGAAUGAUUCUCUGCCUUUCAACAAAUAUGCAUUCUUGACAACUCAUAAUUCCUUUGCCAUCGAAGGAGAACGCCACAACACCAAAGCUCCUAGAGUAACCUUCAGAAAUCAAGAAGAUAGCGUCACACAACAACUACACAAUGGUGUUCGAGCCUUGAUGCUAGAUACCUAUGACUACAAAGGAGAUGUAUGGUUGUGCCAUUCGUUUAAAGGCCAAUGUCACUCAUAUACCGCAUUUGAACGUGCUAUCGAUACAUUGAAGGAAAUUGAAGUAUUCAUGGCAUCCAAUCCAUCAGAAAUUGUAACACUAAUCUUGGAGGACUAUGUGAAGACUCCAAAGGGGUUGACAAAAAUUUUUAAGGAGUCCGGCUUAAUGAAAUAUUGGUUCCCGGUAUCAAACAUGCCUAAGAAUGGCAAGAAUUGGCCCUUGGUUAGCCAAAUGGUAGCUAAGAAUCAAAGGCUUGUCGUGUUCACCUCCGAUAGGGAUAAGGAAAGAAGCGAGGGAAUCGCUUACCAGUGGAACUACAUGGUUGAAAAUCAGUUUGGAAGUAAAGGGAUGAAACCAGGAAGGUGUCCAAAGCGAAACGAGUCAUCACCAUUGAAUGAUCACACCAAAUCUUUGGUAUUAGUUAAUCAUUUUAAAACAAUUCCUUUGAAGCUAACAGCAUGUGAACACAACUCCAGAGAACUGAUUGAGAUGCUAAAAACUUGCUAUGUUGCUGCUGGUAACCGCUGGGCUAACUUUGUUGCUGUUGAUUUCUACAAGAGGAGUGCGGGAGGAGGAGCAUUCGAAGCAGUCGACACCCUGAAUGGAGAGCUGCUAUGUGGUUCCACUAACAUUCAUGCAUGCGUGAGAAAAUCAAGGUGAUCAAGGCCUUGCAGUUAUAUCCACAGCAUGGUAUUGUGGGAGCACAAGUCGAAUAAAUAAGCUUUAUGACAGCAGCUUAAUUAAGUUUUAUUAACAUCUAGUCCCUUUUGGAACAGUUUGGGUAGUUUAAAUAAUUAAAUGUUAACCUAAGUCUUGUACUUUGAUAAGGAAUUCACUAGUAAUAGUACUUGCAAAGUAAUAACCUCUUCCAUCACACAGAUGA